GUUCCCGUGAGAGUUCUUUUUCCUUUGUGGCAUCGGCUCUUACAGCCGCGAUGGGUUCCGAUCUAGAUCCCCCCCGUGUGACGGAUGCUGUAGCAGAACACUCGGCGAAGAUGAUUGAUGUGUGGGAGAGUGAAGAGUGUGAACGCGCCAUGGCUGUGUUGGGUCCAGGGAAGACACCAUUCAAUGUCGGCAAUGCACAAAAGGUCAUGGAUAUUAACACGUUCCACUCCCGUGCCGGCCACUUGUCCGAACCCAUUUUGAGGCUGUCCGCAAAGCAGCACGGGAUUACCCUCACGAGCACGAUGGACAGUUGCCGCUGGUGCUUGCCGGCGCGUGGGAUGAGGGCACCGGUGCCGAAGCAGGGGGGCGGGUACCGCGGCAAGAGGGCGCCAAACGACGUGUUCCACAUCGACCUCUGCGGCGCGUACACGGCGACGAUCGGCGGCAACCACUACAUGCUCUUCGGUGUGGACGCCGCAACGGGAUGGAUGGCCUGCUACGCCAUGCGGCGUAAGUCGGAGGCGCUGGCGGUCGUCAAGCGCAUGGUCGUGGAUGCCGCCCACAAGGCUGGUACCGCGAUCAAGUGCAUCCGCUGCGACUGCGAUGCUCUCUGGACCAGCAGCGACUUCAAAGAGUUCUGUGCCAGCAUGGGGAUCGCGCUCGAGUACUCCCCUCCCGGCGUGCAGCAGUACAACGGCGUCGUCAAGAGCGCCAUCCAGAGGUGCCUCAAGGUGGCCAAGGCAUCCCGCCGGGCCGCCCGGGAGCUGCUUGGCCCCGCAGGAUUUUCUCGUGUCAGCGGGCUGAGCGUUCGUGGCGAUGAGCUCUGGGGGGAGUCCGCAAAAGACGCCGCGCAGAGACUGAACCACUCAGCAUCUCCUUUCAACCCCGGGGGUGCGUCGCCGCAGGAACUUUACACCGGCAAGGGAGGCCCUUUUCGCUUGAUCCCGUUCUUCCAGUACGGUUUCAUGUGGGAGCGGCCGGCAACGAAAAUGGACGACAGGGCCGUGCCGUGUUUUUUCCUCAACGCCGGGGACAACCACGCCGACGUCAC